GCUAAGAGUGAUUAGCAACCUAAUAUUUUUGUCUUCCAUGUUGACCUGGGGCGAGCAUCAGACCGAGGCUCACCGCUCCAUAUCAUGGCCUGGGUACCAAUUAUCUUUCUCUCUCUUUGCUAUAACUUCCAUCAGGCAAAAUGGUGCGAGUUAACGUCCUUAACGACGCUCUUGUGUCAAUUUGUAAUGCCGAAAAGCGUGGAAAAAGGCAAGUCCUUAUUCGACCAAACUCCAAGGUCAUCUCCAAGUUCCUGACAGUCAUGAUGAAGCACGGUUACAUUGAAGAAUUUGAAAUUGUUGAUGACCAUCGUGCUGGAAAAAUUGUUGUCAACCUAAAUGGAAGACUCAAUAAGUGUGGAGUAAUCAGCCCCAGAUUUGAUCUUGCUGUUAAAGAUAUUGAACAGUGGGCCAGUGAUCUCCUCCCCUCUAGACAAUUCGGAUAUCUAGUAUUAACUACAUCAUCUGGAAUUAUGGACCAUGAGGAAGCCAGAAGAAAGCACACUGGUGGAAAACUACUUGGAUUCUUCUACUGAAAAAGUAGAAUGUAAAAAAUAAAAUACAUUUGCCAUCAGAA